AUGCACCUGCCCAGUAUUGAUUCGUUUUUGGAAGGCUGGACAGAUCAAGGAGUCCAUACUCAACCCACCCCUGUCGUUCCUGUGCGGCGAUCGCCAUCUCCGAAAAACGGCUAUCAAAACGCGCCGAUCGCUGCCCUUCCUCCAUCGGUUCCUUCCUACCGUUUCACGUACAACGAGAGGACUGCGCCAGAUGCUUGGCCAGCACAACAUGAUCCUGACCUCACGGCUUCACCGCUUACGGACGCAGUCAACUCAAUCUCUUCAGCAGCAUGCAAGAGAGAGUGCAACUGUGACCCGAGCGACCAGAUAGAGAUUCCGCAGACAAUCAAAGUGUUGAUUCCACAUACGAGGAAGAAGAAGGCAUUAUGUUAUCAAGUAACGCAACCGUCAACAGCCUCCUGGAAUUAUGCGAAAGAGGACAUUAUGGUGCUCACAGAUGAGCCAUACAAUCUGAGAUACAUGCCGACGAAACGGAACAUCUUAGCGCAUUACGGUGACUCUGGACAUGGAGGACGAAUCAUCGACUUGGAUGGUCCCCGUGUGAUGGCCACCGUCCAUCCAUCCGUUGACUGGGAGCACGCUGGUGAGAUUGUGACCGAGGACCUAUACGAUGCAAUGGCAAGUACUGACAACGCAGACUGUCAAACCCUUACUGCUGGUUGCCGCCUUAUUGCAUUGUUGAU